AUGGCAGCCGCCCACGCCGCCGCCGCCGCCGCCACGCGGCAAGCGGCCGCGGAGGCGUGUAGUAGCCAACACGCGGUCCACCACGCGCACCUCGCGGCUCUCCUCAACCCUUCCGCGCGCUUGCCUCCGCUUCCGCUCCCCCUCUGCCGCCGCCACCUCCCACUCUCGCUCCCCGCGGCCUCUCGCCUCGUCGCGUCCUUCCCGCCGCUCCCGCUCCUCGUCUGCUUCCUCCGCGCGCUCCGCCUCCUCCCCUCUCCGCCGCCGCGCCCCUUCGAUUCGCUCAUCAAGUCCUAUGCCUCCCUCCCCUCCCGCUCCUCCCUCGCCGCCGCGGCGCUCGCGUUCGCCAGGUCGGCCGGGUACGCCCCCUCUGUGCUCACCUACAACGCCGUCCUCCUCGCGCUCUCCGACGCGUCGCUCCCCUCCGCUAGGCGCUUCUUCGACUCCAUGCUUAGCGACGGCGUGGCGCCCAACGUGUACACCUACAACAUCCUCGUCCGCGCGCUGUGCGGCCGCGGACACCGGAAGGAGGCGCUCGGCGUCUUGCGCGAGAUGCGCGGCGCGGGCUGCGACCCCAAUGCCGUGACUUACAACACGCUCGUCGCCGCAUUCUGCAGAGCCGAGGAGGUGGAUGGCGCCGAGAGGCUGGUCGGCAUGAUGCGGGAGGGCGGCUUGAAGCCCAACCUGGUGACCUUCAAUUCGGUGGUGAAUGGGAUCUGCAAGUCUGGGAGAAUGGAGGACGCACGCAAGGUGUUUGAUGAAAUGGCGAGGGAGGGUUUGGCGCCGGAUGGGGUAAGUUACAACACCUUGGUGGGUGGGUAUUGCAAGGCGGGGUGCUCGCACGAGGCAUUGUCUGUGUUUGCAGAGAUGACGCAGAAAGGGAUCAUUCCAGACGUCGUGACAUUUACAUCAUUGAUCCAUGUAAUGUUCAAGGCUGGGAACUUGGAGCGAGCAGUGGCGUUGGUGAGGGAGAUGAGGGAGAGGGGCCUCCAGAUGAAUGAGAUCACUUUUACCGCCUUGAUAGAUGGGUUUUGCAAGAAGGGAUUCUUGGAUGAUGCAUUGCUUGCAGUAAGGGAGAUGAGGCAAUGCAGAAUACAGCCUUCAGUGGUGUGUUAUAAUGCACUUAUUAAUGGUUAUUGUAUGGUAGGAAGAAUGGAUGAAGCAACAGAGUUACUCCAUGAAAUGGAAGCUAAAGGAGUGAAGCCUGACGUUGUGACAUACAGUACGAUUCUCGGUGCGUACUGUAAGAAUGGUGAUACACAUUCUGCAUUCCAAUUGAACCAACAAAUGCUUGAGAAGGGUGUUCUUCCAGAUGCAAUCACCUACUCAUCACUCAUAAGGGUUCUUUGUGAGGAGAAAAGACUCAGUGACGCCCAUGUACUCUUCAAAAAUAUGAUUAAGCUUGGCCUACAACCUGAUGAAUUUACAUACACAUCCCUUAUUGAUGGCCACUGCAAGGAGGGCAAUGUAGAGAGGGCUCUUUCUCUGCACGAUGAAAUGGUAAAGGCAGGAGUUCUCCCUGAUGUUGUGACUUACAGUGUGCUUAUUAAUGGGCUUAGUAAAUCAGCACGUACUAAGGAAGCACAACGGUUACUCUUCAAAUUGUACCAUGAAGAGCCAGUUCCAGCAAAUGUUAAAUACGAUGCCCUGAUGCGUUGUUGUAGGAAAGCUGAGCUUAAGAGUGUGUUAGCUCUCUUGAAGGGAUUUUGCAUGAAAGGUUUAAUGAAUGAAGCUGAUAAAGUUUAUCAAUCAAUGUUAGACAGAAACUGGAACCUUGAUGGAUCUGUCUACAGUGUGCUUAUUCAUGGGCAUUGUAGGGGAGGAAAUGUUAUGAAGGCUCUCAGCUUCUAUAAGCAAAUGCUGCAGUGUGGUUUUGCUCCAAAUUCAACAAGCACGAUUUCCUUGAUUAGAGGUCUAUUUGAAAAGGGGAUGGUUGUGGAAGCAGAUCAGGUGAUUCAGCAGUUGUUAAACUGUUGUUCCCUUGCUGAUGCAGAAGCAUCAAAGGCUCUUAUUGAUCUCAACUUAAAGGAAGGUAAUGUGGAUGCAGUCUUAGAUGUUCUGCAUGGCAUGGCAAGGGAUGGACUGCUUCCAAGUCCAAGAUGA